GCGGGGCCGGGCGUGAGUUGCUGCAGGUCUGGGUGGGCGGCCGUGGGGCCGGUAACGGCCGGGUCAGAGGUUGGUUGUUCAAAACUCUGCUGGCUAUAAUGACUUCAACAAAUAAAGCAGUCGAAUUACAACUACAAGUGAAACAAAAUGCGGAAGAAUUACAAGACUUUAUGAGGGAUUUAGAAAACUGGGAAAAAGACAUUAAACAAAAGGAUAUGGAACUAAGAAGACAGAAUGGUAUUCCUGAAGAGAAUUUACCUCCUAUUCGAAAUGGGAAUUUUAGAAAAAAGAAGAAAGGCAAAGCUAAAGAAUCUUCCAAAAAAACCAAAGAGGAAAAUACAAAAAAUAGAAUAAAAUCUUAUGAUUAUGAGGCAUGGGCAAAACUUGAUGUGGACAGUAUCCUUGAUGAACUUGACAAAGAAGACAGUACCCGUGAUUCUGUCUCUCAAGAAUCAGAGUCAGAAGAAGAUGGGAUUCAUGUAGAUUCACAAAAGGCUCUUGCUCUGAAAGAAAAGGGCAAUACAUACUUCAAACAAGGAAAAUAUGAUGAAGCAAUUGAAUGCUACACAAAAGGCAUGGAUGCUGAUCCAUAUAAUCCCAUGUUGCCAACAAACAGAGCAUCAGCAUACUUUAGAUUGAAAAAAUUUGCUGUUGCUGAGUCUGAUUGUAAUUUAGCAAUUGCCUUGAAUAGAAAUUAUACAAAGGCUUAUGCCAGACGAGGUGCUGCUCGAUUUGCCUUGAGGAAAUUAGAAGAUGCCAAAAAAGAUUAUGAAAAAGUAUUAGAACUGGAACCAAAUAAUUUUGAAGCAUCCAAUGAACUCAGGAAAGUUAACCAGGCUUUAACAUCCAAAGAAAACUCAUACCCAAAGGAAGAUGACAUAUUGAUUAAGCCAACUGAAGGAGAGAAAAAACAAAUUGAAGAACAACAGAAUAAGCAGCAGGCUAUUUCAGAGAAAGAUCUGGGGAAUGGAUUUUUCAAAGAGGGGAAGUAUGAAAGAGCAAUUGAAUGCUAUACUAGAGGAAUAGCAGCAGAUGGCGCUAAUGCCCUUCUUCCAGCUAACAGAGCAAUGGCCUAUCUGAAGAUUCAGAAAUAUGAAGAAGCUGAAAAAGACUGUACACAAGCUAUUUUAUUAGAUGGCUCAUAUUCUAAAGCUUUUGCCAGAAGAGGAACUGCGAGAACAUUUUUGGGAAAGCUAAAUGAGGCCAAACAAGAUUUUGAAACUGUUUUACUUCUGGAACCUGGAAAUAAACAAGCAGUAACUGAACUUUCCAAAAUUAAAAAGGAACUAAUUGAGAAAGGACACUGGGAUGAUGUCUUUCUCGAUUCCACACAAAGACAAAAUGUAAUAAAACCCAUUGAUAAUCCACCUCAUCUUGGAUCAACUAAACCACUCAAGAAGGUUAUUAUUGAAGAAAUUGGUAACUUGAUACAAACUAUGGAUGUGCCACAUAGCACUAUUGCUGCUGCUCCAGAGAGUAAUUCUAUUAAUCUAGCAAAUGUGAUAGGAGCCACAGGCACUACAAGUAAGAAGAAUUCAAGCCAAGGUGACCUUUUGCCCACAAGUGAUACUCCAAGAGCAAAAAUAUUGAAAAUAGAAGAAACAAGUGAUACUACAGCCCUGCAACCUCAAGCCAAUUUAAAGCAGGGUGUAUGUCAGUCAUUCAGUGAGAAGAUUGCUACAGAGGUGGAACAAAUAUCUGCUCAGUUUGUCUCAACUGUUCUUCCUCCAGUUCCUGCAAACUCAUUCCAGCUUGAAUCUGAUUUCAGACAACUGAAAAGUUCUCCAGAUAUGAUGUAUCAAUAUUUAAAGCAAAUUGAACCAUCCUUGUAUCCGAAGUUAUUUCAGAAAAAUCUAGAUCCGGAUGUAUUCAACCAAAUCAUUAAAGUUCUGCAUGACUUUUACAUUGAGAAAGAAAAGCCAUCACUCAUGUUUGAAAUCUUACAAAGACUUUCUGAACUAAAAAGGUUUGAUAUGGCAGUGAUGUUUAUGUCAGAAUCUGAGAAAAAGAUUGUCCAUAUGUUAUUCAAUCACAUAGACAAAUCAGGAUUGAAGGAUAAUUCUGUUGAAGAACUCAAGAAAAGAUAUGGUGGUUGAUUUCCAUUUUUACUGAAAUAAUUGUUUUUGACUUUCAUAUGUAAAUUUUUUUCCUACUGAAAAUAAAGUGUUUUGUUUCGUAUUUUAAAGUGAAAUCAUACAGGAAAGUAAUUAACUGUAAAGUGAAUUAUGAUUUAACUAGUGAGAAAUAUACUCAAGUAGACUAUAAGUCUUUUCCUGAAAAUAAAAAUAUAAACAAUGAGAUACAUUCGUAAGGACCAAUAUUUUAUUUUGUCAUUUUAAAUGUUAAAUUUAGAUAUAUCCUUCAGUGCUCUGUAAAUUUAACAUUAUUUUCAUGAGUUUUUGUAAUUGCCUGACAAUGCUCUUUCAUUAGCAUAUGAAUGAAUUUAUCUGUCUAGGGGGAGUUAAAUAGAUAAUGAAAUUGUCUCCUUAUAAAACUUUUUAAUAUCAUUGUGCCAAUUCACUAACAUAAAAUUAUUUAGUUGCAAGAUAUGUGUUUUAAAUAUUUGUGUCGAAAGGAGACUUUUAACUAGACUUUUUAAAAUAGGUUAAUUGAAGAGUCACAGUAUCCUUAAGUUUUAAAGUUAGGUUUUUUCCGUCAUGAUAUCCAUGUUAUAAGCCAACUAAAGGCAGAUAACCUAAAGCAAGGUGUAAAAAAUCUUAAAACAGGAAUUUAAAAAUGUUUAAUCUAGGAAUGUUUGAAGUAGUAAAUAGCAUAUGUAGCUUGUGUAUAUGUGUUACCUGUGCUUGUGAUGUUUGUAAGCUUUUGAAAGUAGGGCUAGUAUUCUACCCAUCCCUGUACUGUUCGUAGUAUCUAGCACGUUCCUUUGCAUGUAGUCAGGUGUUCAAUUGAUAUUUGUAAAAUCUAACUGAAUUUUACCCAGGAAUCAUGUUGAGUAAAUGUUCAGUGUAGCAGCCUAGCAAAUUUUGAGCAUACUAUAAAUGUUGGCAAAGCCAACUUGAUUUUAGAGACUAUCAAAUUGUUAAACAAUAUUAGGUCACCAUCCUAUAGUUAUCAACAUCAGUAAGACAGUAAAUUUUAAACUUUA